AUGCAGACACAAAUAAAACCCAGACCCCUAGUCCCCGGCAGCCCCGCUAUUCCUGGCUCCGGUAGCGGCCAGGGUAAUGGCGGGGCAGGGGGUGCUACAGUGAAUCACCGGCAGAGGCCCGGCUACCAUAACCGACGACCCUUGGCCCUGGCAACAUACAACUGCCGUACGCUGCGGACCGACGAAAAGUUAUUAGAACUGGAGGAAGAAUUAAGCAGGUUACGUUGGGGAAUCAUAGGGUUAUCGGAAGUCCGUAGAGAGGGGGAGGACAUGAUAACUCUGAAUUCCGGCAACUUGCUCUAUUUCCGGGAGGGCGAACAACGGUCCCAGGGAGGUGUCGGGUUUAUCGUCCACAAGUCCCUCGUAAACAACGUGGUGAAGAUCGAGAGUGUGUCGAACAGGGUAGCGUGCCUUGUACUCAGAAUGACCCAACGUUAUUCGUUGAAGGUCAUACAAGUCUACGCACCGACCUCGACACACUCCGACGAUGAGGUGGAGGCUAUGUAUGAGGAUAUCUCCAGAGCCAUGCAUAGCUCCAAAACUCACUUCACAGUUGUUAUGGGGGACUUCAACGCUAAGCUGGGCAAACGAGACGGUGAAGAGCUGAGAGUGGGGCAAUUUGGAGUGGGGCGUAGGAAUCACCGGGGCCACCUACUGGCUGGUUUCAUGGAGAAGGAAGGACUCUAUAUGAUGAACUCCUUCUUCAGGAAACGUGAGCACAGGAAGUGGACCUGGGUGAGCCCUGACGGUGCAACAAGGAAUGAGAUCGACUUUAUCAUGUCGACGAAGAAGCAAAUAUUCAGUGAUGUUUCUGUGAUCAAUUCGGUCAAAACCGGGAGCGAUCACCGUAUGGUAAGAGGCACACUGAAUAUUCAAUUUAGGCUUGAGAGAUCUCGACUGAUAAAGUCUACGCUCCGCCCGGCACCGGCCCAGCUCCAAAACCCCGAGAGCUUUCAGCUCGAACUUCAAAACCGGUUCGAAUGCCUAGCUAGCGACCUGGACGAUUACAACGACGGGUUUGUGGAAGCUGUUCAUACGGUCGGGUCCAAGUUCUUCAAGACUCGUCGUACAAGAACCAAGAAACUCUCGGACUCCACUCUCAAGCUCAUGGAGGUGAGGCGUGAGAUGAUUCUGCAGUCGUCAGGUGACGUUUGUCGUUAUAGGCAGCUCAACAGACGGAUCUCGAAGUCUCUGAAGCGAGAUAUACGCCGAUUCAAUACUAACAGUAUUGAAGAGGCUAUCAAGCGCAACAGAGGCUCGAAGGUGUUUGCCAGAGAUCUGUCUAUUGGCCAAAGCCAACUGACAAAACUGAAGACCGACGACGGCAGGAUCAUCUCAUCCAAACCUGAGCUCUUGGGAGAAGUCGAGAAGUUCUAUGGACAGUUAUACACAACAACCCGAGCACCCGUCGUGGAUCUAGCUAGAGACCCUAGAGCUAGACUAACUCGACACUAUACCGAAGAUAUCCCGGACGUCAGCCUGUACGAGAUUAGUAUGGCUCUCAAACAACUUAAGAAUGGCAAAGCCCCAGGUGAUGAUUCCGAGCUUAUACAUCUUAGAAAUGUGUAA